UCGCCCCAGCGCCGCUGCCAGCCCGGCCUGCGCUAGCUGCUAGGCGCCGGCUCUCCACAGACGCCAUGCACCGGCUCCUGUCAGCCGUGACGGCCCGGGCUGCGACCCCCGGGGGCCAGGCCUGGGGCUGCGGGAGACGCAGGGCCCACCAGCGCGCCGGGCUGCCGCCGCUUGGCCACGGCUGGGUCGGAGGCCUUGGGCUGGGGCUGGGACUGGCUCUUGGGGUGAAGCUGGCGGGAGGGCUGAGCGGCGCGACCCCUGCGCAGCCCCCCGCUGCCCCCGACCCCGAGGCGUCGCCUCAGGCCGAGCCGCAGGAGCAGUCCCUCGCCCCGUGGUCUCCGCAGAGCCCCGCGCCGCCUCCCUCCAGGUGUUUCGCCAGAGCCAUCGAGAGCAGCCGCGACCUGCUGCACAGGAUCAAGGAUGAGGUGGGCGCACCGGGCAUAGUGGUUGGAGUUUCUGUAGAUGGAAAAGAAGUCUGGUCAGAAGGUUUAGGUUAUGCUGAUGUUGAGAACCGCGUACCUUGUAAGCCAGAGACAGUUAUGAGAAUUGCCAGCAUCAGCAAAAGCCUCACCAUGGUUGCUCUUGCCAAAUUAUGGGAGGCAGGGAAACUGGAUCUUGAUAUUCCGGUACAACAUUAUGUUCCUGAAUUCCCGGAAAAGGAAUAUGAAGGUGAAAAGGUUUCUGUCACAACAAGAUUACUCAUUUCCCAUUUAAGUGGAAUUCGUCAUUAUGAAAAGGACAUGAAAAAGGUGAAAGAAGAGAAAGCUUAUAAAGCCUUGAAGAUGAUGAAAGAGAUGGUAGCAUCUGACCAAGAAAAAGAAGGCAAAAGUAACGAAAAAAAUGACUUUGCUAAAGCUAAGACAGAGCAGGAUAAUGAAGCCAAAUGCCGGAAUUCAAAACCUGGCAAGAAAAAAAAUGAUUUUGAACAAGGAGAAUUAUACUUGAAAGAAAAAUUUGAAAAUUCAAUUGAAUCCCUAAGAUUAUUUAAAAAUGAUCCUUUGUUCUUUAAACCUGGUAGUCAGUUUUUGUAUUCAACUUUUGGCUAUACCCUACUGGCAGCCAUAGUAGAAAGAGCUUCAGGAUAUAAAUAUUUGGACUAUAUGCAGAAAAUAUUCCAUGACUUGGAUAUGCUGACAACUGUACAGGAAGAAAAUGAGCCAGUGAUUUACAAUAGAGCAAGAUUUUAUGUUUACAAUAAAAAGAGACGUCUUGUCAACACACCUUACGUGGAUAACUCCUAUAAAUGGGCUGGUGGUGGAUUUCUGUCUACAGUGGGUGACCUUCUGAAAUUUGGAAAUGCAAUGCUGUAUGGUUACCAAGUUGGGCUGUUUAAGGACUCAAAUGAAAAUCUCUUACCUGGAUACCUCAAACCAGAAACAAUGGUUAUGAUUUGGACACCUGUCCCUAACACAGAGAUGUCCUGGGAUAAAGAGGGUAAAUACGCAAUGGCAUGGGGUGUCGUGGAAAAGAAGCAAAUAUACGGUUCCUGCAGGAAGCAGCGGCAUUAUGUCUCGCAUACUGGAGGGGCAGUGGGCGCCAGCAGUGUCCUGCUGGUCCUUCCUGAAGAACUGGACACAGAGGCUGUAAACAACAAGGUUCCUCCAAGAGGAAUAAUUGUUUCUAUCAUAUGUAACAUGCAGUCUGUUGGUCUCAAUAGCACUGCUUUAAAAAUUGCCCUUGAAUUUGAUAAAGACAGAUCAGACUGAUACCUUACAGGUGCAAAAUGAGCUAUUUUGGCUUUUUGAAACCUUAAAGUUCCAAAAUACAUGAGACUUUUAAGAACAAAUUUGUAAUAGAGGGUAACUGAAUGCAGAGAAUUAUGUACCUCUAAUUGCUUAAUUUUAUAACUGUCUUUUAUUGUAGAAUUAAUUCUUUAUACUCAGGGAAGUAUCCAUGUUGUUUUUACUUUUUGCAGAAAGUCUUAACUCUUGAAAUAAAAUAUUCUGAUAAAAA